AUGGUGUGGUGGGUACUUGUGCAAAGGCGUUUCACCAGUGAAUGCUUGUGCAACAAACCUCAAUUCUGGAGAAGGACCGGCCUCAGGAGCACCAGAGAUACCCCAGCCAGAGAGCCGGAUGUCAGGAGGCAGAGACCACCUCGAGCUGCCGGUGCCAGAGGAGCCCCAGGUAGAGUUCUCGCUGCAGAAGUGGUGAAGUUUUACUUUCCCAAAAUGGUGGAAAUGCACAAUUAUGUGCCAGCUAAUUCAACGCAGCAGAAACUGUCCAACUGGAGCCAUCUGAACAGGAAGGUGCUGAGCAAGCUGAAUUUCUCCAUCCCGGCGGACGUGAUCCGGAAGAUCGUACAGUGCACGCCCGGCGCGGUGGAGCUGGUGCUGAUCCCGCUGCGGCAGAGAAUCGAGGAGAAGCAGAGCAAGGCGGUGUCUGGUGCCCACAAGGAGCCAGGCACGCGCUAUGCACUGGACGAGAACGGCCACCUGGAAACAGGCUACGCGGCAAAGCCGAAGACGGACGCAGUAGGGAUCUCUGGGCAGCAGCCCCCCCACGCUGACAGGAUGGACAAGGGCCAGCAGGUCUAUGCCCAGGGCGUGCAGGGAGACCCCAACUUUGGCGCUCACCUAGCGGCGCGUGGCAUCUGGUCCCUUGUGCCCAGCCUAGCUCUUACUGCCCCGGCUGAGACGCGCAAGCCGCACCGUUCAGAACUGGCUCCAGCUGGCGAGGCUCAGAGGCUGGAACCAAGGGGUGGGCUGGGCCCCUGCCUUUGGCAAAGGAAGACCAGCCCGGCCCGUGUGCUUCCCGUUGCUCAGAUCCUGCAGAUGAAGGUGCGGCGGCUGGAACACCUGCUCCACCUCAAGAACGUUCGGAUCGACGACCUCACGAGGCGCCUCCAGCAAGUGGAGCAGAAGCGGAAAUGAGGCGGGACUCAGUUUCCCUCCGGCACCCUUCCCUG